UUCAAUUUCGGUUGGGGAAGAAAAAGAAUUUAAGUGUUAUAUCAUUGGUGCCUCUUCAACGAGGACAAAGGAGUAUCAAGAUGAAAGUGCUGAUUGCUUUCGGUACGUUUGUGGCACUUGCAAGUGGUGGACUACUUCCAUACAACAACAAUGGUUACAAUUCUCAUCAAAAUCCAUCGUUAGACUAUGAUUAUUCAAAGCCAAUUGUAGUUAAAACGCCAAGUAUGGCGCCAUCUACAACAACAUUAAAAAGACCGAAUUUAGCACCAGAACCAUUUAUGAUACUUGAAUCAUUCUCAUCAUCAUUAACACCUCAACAUAGUGUGAAAAAUGAUCGUUUUUAUUUACCAGUGCCACCAAAUGUUUCUUAUUUGUCGUCAAUAGUUAACGCAAAUUAUUCACCAAAAACUAAUGCAAAUUCAGCAGCAAUAAAAAAUAAAAAUUUUCCACUAGGAGUAAACAUGAAUUCAGCAUCAAGUGGUAACGUGAUAUUUCCAUCAAAUGUGAACAUGAAUUACGUAUCGACUGGAAACACAAAUUUUGCAUCAACAGUAAAUACGAAUUCUCCAAUAAAUAUUAAUAAUAAUUAUGCACCAGCAAUAAACGCGAAUUAUGAACCAACAUCAAACACAAAUUUUGCACCAUCUAGAAGCACGAAUUUUAAACCAACAUUAAACACAAAUUAUGUACCAACAUCAAAAACGAAUUCUGCAACAAUUAUAAAUACGAAUUAUGAACCAGCAGUAAACACGAAUUAUGUACCAACAUCAAACACAAAUUUUGCACCAUCUAGAAGCACUAAUUUUAAACCAUCAUUAAACACGAAUUAUGUACCAACAUCAAAAACGAAUUCUGCAACAAUUAUAAACACAAAUUAUGAACCAGCAUUAAACAUGAAUUAUGUACCAACAUCAAAAACGAAUUCUGCAACAAUUAUAAACACAAAUUAUGAACCAGCAUUAAACAUGAAUUAUGUACCAACAUCAAAAACGAAUUCUGCAACAAUUAUAAACACGAAUUAUGAACCAGCAGUAAACACGAAUUAUGCACCAACAUCAAAUAUGAAUUUUAAACCAGUAGAAAGCACAAAUUUUGCGCGAACUGAAAACACGUAUUUUGCUCCAGUAGUAAACAAGAAUUUUACACCAACAGAAACAAUUAAUAGAUUUCGCACUGCUACAAGUUCUGAAACGUCAGGAAGAUAUUAUACACCAAAGAAGAGUCAAACGAAUGCAACAAAUUUUGGUAAUAUUGAGUCAACUAUUUCAGCUGAGCAACAAUAUUUUACGCCUGUUCUUUCAAAUGAAUUCAAAAAUUAUCAAUUGGACCAUGGGGAGACUUCAAAUCAGAAAAAUGAUAACAAAUAUAUGGCGCAAAAACAAGCACAAAAUUUUGAGAGAACUCAGCAUACUCAUUCGAUACAAACAGUGAACAAUGUGAAAUCUGCAUUGAUGCAAAAUGUUGAAAAUUCGUAUUUUGCACCUGCAACAAUGGCUACAGCAAACAGAUUCUAUUUACCAGCACUUAUCAAAAAUCAUGAUGCAACAGUACCAGCGAAAACGAUUAACAAUUCCUAUUUUGCAUCGAAACCAACUGAAAUGAUUGAUAAUUCCAAUUUAGCACCAGCACCUACUAAAAUGGCUGAGAAUUCUUACUUAGCACCUGAACCAACAAAAGUCAGUAAUGGAUAUUUCGCACCAGUACCAACAAAAACAAUUGAUACAUCAUAUUCAGCAUCUGACUCAACAAAAACGGUUGGGAAUUCCUACUCAGCGCAUGAACCAACAAAAGAAAAAAAUGGAUAUUUUGCACCAACAUCAACAAAAACAGUUAAUUCUUCAUACUUAGCACCAAAAGCAACAAAAACUAUGAAGACUUUUAUCUCAGCAAUUGAACCAACUAAAAUGGUUGAUAAUACUUACUUUGCACUUGCACCACCAAAAGAUGAACCUGUAUCAAAAGUAACACCUGAUAGAACCUAUUUAGCUACAAAAACACAAACUCAUGAUGCAACAUUUGAAUCGCAAAAAACUCAUUUAACAUCUGAACAAUCGACAAAAAUGCAGAAAUCUCGAACAACUGGCUCAAAUAUAAAACAAGGACGUGUGCCUGUAAAAAGAAUUAAAAGAAUUCGCACAACACCAGCGCCAACUGUUGACAAUUCAUAUCGACCACAAUCAGCGUUGAUCAGAAAAUCUCAGAAAACACGUACAACACCAGCACCAAUUGUAGACACUUCUUACAUUCCAUCAGCUAAUCAAAAAUCCACUACCACCACCACUACCACUUCUGCACCAUCUGUGCAAGAAACUGAAUUAGUUGAUGAUUCUUAUUUACCAGCUGUGUCUGAUAUAAAGAACAUCGAAAAUUCCUUUUUGAAAUAUGAACCAACAAAGCAGAAUUAUUUUUCCUCGGCACCAAUCGAGAUACUUGAGAGUUCAAAUAUGGCAGAAAUGAUACAAAAAAGUGAAUAUUACCAAAAGACAUCUGCACCCAAAGAUAACAAAGAUUCUUACUUAAUAUCCAAUCCAAUUAUGUAUGAUCAAAUUUUCUACAAUCCACCGACUCCGACAUUGAAUAUUAAGAACAAUUAUUUUAUUCCUCAACCAAGGCAAAACAAUGGCAAUUCCUAUUUAGCGCCAGCAACAGAAACUAUUGACAACUCUUACUUAGCUCCAACAAGAACAGUUGAGAAUUCUUACUUUGCCCCGGCACCAACAAAAAUGGUUAAAGAUUCUUAUAUGGCUCCUAUUUCAUCAAAACUAAUUGAAGAAUUGAACUUGGCUCCGGCGCCAAAAAAGACGAUUGAAAAUUCCUACAUAACACCGGCAACAACAAUGCAGAUUGAAGACUUCAAUUUGCCUUCUGUCCCAUCAAAACCAAUGGAAGAUUUAUAUCGAGUUCCAACGCCAACAAAGACAAUUGAGAAUUCUUACUUAGUUCCAGCACCAGAAAAGAAAAUUAAAGAUUCCUACUUGCCUCCUACCUCAUCAAUACCAGUUGAAGAGUUGUACCGAGCACCUACAAAGAAAAUUAAAGAUUCCUACUUGCCUCCUGCCUCAUCAAAAUCAGUUGAAGAGUUGUAUCGAGCACCGUUGCCAACAAAGCAAACUGAAGAUUCCUACUUAGCUCAGGCUCCAAUAAAGAAGAUUAAAAAUUCCUAUUUUCCUUCUGCAUCACCAAAACCAGUUGAAGAUUUAGACCAUGUCCCGGCACCAAAACAGACGAUUGAUAAUUCCUACUUAGCUCCAGUCCAAACAACGAAGAUUAAAGAUUCCUACUUGCCUCCUGCAUCACCAAAACCAGUUGAAGAUUUAGACCAUGUCCCGGCACCAAAACAGACGAUUGAUAAUUCCUACUUAGCUCCAGUGCCAACAACGAAGAUUAAAGAUUCCUACUUGCCUCCUGCAUCAUUGAAACCAGUUGAAGAUUUGCAUCAAGUUCCAGCACCAACACACUUGAUUGAAAAUUCCCGUUUGACGCCCACCAAAACUUUUAUUCAACCCGCAAAAUUAUCACCAAUUGAAAUAAAUUCCGGCCUAUCUUCGAUAAAAAAUAUUGUCACCAACAAUGAAGCAACUUCUAUUACAAAUUCCAAUGAUCAUAACAUUUCCCUUAUUAGUGAAACUUUACAGGACAACAUUGGAAUUGAUGGCUAUGAAUAUCAAUAUACACUUUCCGAUGGACAAAAAAAAGAGGAAUCAGCACAAUUAAUAAAUCAAGGCACUAAAAGUGAAUCAAUUGUUGUUAAAGGAAGUUAUUCAUGGUUUGAUCCACUAACAAAUAAACGUUACACUGUUAAUUAUGUGGCUGAUGAAAAUGGUUUUCAUGCAGAAGGUGAACACAUUCCACGAGUUUAA